AUGACUUCGAUUCCUUCGGGCGGUAGCACCAGCCCUCGCUGGGAUAGCCGUAAUCAGGGGUUCAUUUCACCUGCGCGACUGCAGCAGUGGAAGCAACAGCAACAGCAACAGCAGCAGCGCCCUAGCCAUGAGUUCUCACCAUCACCGCCUCCAGAAAAGCUGCCUCAGUCUGAGGAGCACUUGCCAGCAGAGAAGAAGAGUCCAGCGGCACCAAUGAGCCCGCCAUCGAGUGGACAUUCUCGAAGCUUAUCUGCAUUUUCCUUGUUCAGGAUACGCUCGUCCAAUCCGGAAGAUAUAUCGACGUCUAGUCCCAACAAACUCCAGCGGCCUCCGCCAGAACGGCGCGGGAGUCAGAACGGCUUCGGGAAGCCAGUUGGAACCCCUCAAUAUGGGCCAGUGCUUCCGGAGAAGGAUGUUGAGCCGACGAAUGAGGCGGCACCCCAGUCUCAGGCCAGCCCAGUUGCGCUGAGUCGAUUCUCGUCUUCUUCGACUGCCUCUCCCAUGCAUCCGGAAAUACGGUCAAUUGUCCAGUUGACGCUAGCGCACGCUCACAAGAUUUACUUCUCCGGUCCUCUGGUGAAGCGAGUAGAGCGUCAGCCUGAUGGACAAAAACCGGCCAGAGACGAGGGAUGGCGGGACGUCUGGGCGCAACUCGGCGGAACGACGCUGAGCGUGUGGGACAUGAAGGCGGUUGAGGAGGCAAGCAAGCAGGGUAAACAAGUUCCUCCCACUUACAUCAAUGUAACAGAUGCUUUUGUUAAUGUGCUAGCCUCAGUCACCGUGCCUGAGACGCAGCUUUCACCGGCGACGAAGUAUUCGAAUGUACUCACGCUGAACACCGCUGGGUCGAAUCUAUACCUCUUUGCAUGUCCUGCUUCGGAUGCGCUAGUCUCCUGGACCGCCGCAUUACGCUUGUCUGCCUGGGAGAAAUCGAGAUUAGAAGAGAUCUAUACGGCACAUCUAAUCCGCGUCACGCUGAGCGAUGAUAGGCGGGAUAUACCUACCACUCUGGUCCAUGGAAGAAUGGAGGGCUGGGUACGGAUCCGCAUUGCCGGACAAGUUGACUGGAAGCGAGCUUGGAUGGUUGUCAGUGCAGGUGGGCAUACUCACGACGGAUCGUCCGUCUCUUCAAUCGAUCAGAGCCAUCGGCCAGGGUCACCAGGUUCGCCAGGGUCGUCCAACGGCACCCGCAUGAAGCGCAUGUCCAACCUAUUCUCUCGCGAGCGCAGCCCACCGCGUCCGGUCAAGCCCAUCAUACAGUUUCUGGCUUCGCCCAAGUCGAAGGACAGGAAGAAGCCAAUCUUAACGCUGCGUGACAUUACGCAGGCGUUUGCGGUGUAUCCCGAACGUCCAGAACUGAUUAGUCGCAGUACUCUGAUUAAGCUGGAGGGACAGCUAGGUGACGAGGAGAUGGGGGGUGCGAUGAAAUUCCGUGAAUGCUGGCUCAUGGUACUGCCAGAGCUCGACGGACCAAACAUCCAAGCCUCCGAAAUGUUAAAGUGGCUAAUCGGUGAGGCUGUAAGGGAAAACGCGAAGAAGCGUGACGCUGACAGAAUCUUUCAGCUGUACACGACGCCUUCGAAUUGUAUGGAAGACCUGAUGUUGUUCCUCGAUCGUGAAUUGGCUGAAGCACUCGACGUGAGAGAUGAACGAACUUCGUCGAUCCGAUCCCAACUCCAGAACAUCCUUGCUGGACGUAUGCAGGGUGGCGAUGUUGGGCCGCCACGAGAGGAUCGUCCGCCGAUUCUUCCGCCUUUACCAGACGUCAGGUCGAACGACCUUCAUGAGGAGGAAGAGCCGGUGGAAGUGCCAGUGCAAGCGCAACGGCAGAAGUCUCGCGACCAUUUGUCCCUGCAGCUUCCGCCGCUUAGUUUCGAGACCUCGGUGUCUGACUCGGAGCCUCCUGCCGUUCCGGAGAAGCGUAUUUUGACACCUAUCACGGAACGCAGCAUACCCCGCCGCUCACUCUCUACUGAAAAGCAGACCUCGAAUGCCUCAAGGACAUUCAGCAGUCCCCCGAAGGUCGUGGAGUCUUCGCAGGAAUCUGGGUCUAUGUUAGGCCAGACGCUGGUAUCCAGUCCGACAGCUUCCAGUCCUCCACCAGAGAAUGACAUCCGUGGCCGCCGGAGCGAAGAUUCUUACGUUUACGUUGGUCCAGGUUCACGACCAAGCUCGAGGUUAAGCCGCCCCGAGCCUGGAAGACUGGCUUCAAAGUCCUCCAUAUCGUAUGCGACGACGCCCCCAUCUGCUCCUCCCAUCAAAGUUCCGAUGUCGCCAGAAUCAGACACACGUUCAUUCACCAGUGUUCAAGCCAUGUCCCCCCAAGCACCACCGCCUCCCACGUCCGCCUCAAAGCCGCCGGCCCCUGUGAAAGACACACCUUCUCGUCCGACUACUCCCGCCGCUCUCAAUGCACCGUCUUCUGCUCCCUCUCCACCAGUAGUUCGGGCCGGAGACGCCCCGAGGCCACCUUCGCAUGCUACUUCGAAUCCCCCACCGGCAAGCCCACCUACUCGUCCAUCUCAGUCCCCCAGGAGCGAUUCAGACGACCUGUCACACUCAGCCGGCGCAAUGUACUAUAUGCAACAUAUGGAUCAAGAAAAGCGCCAUGUUGCUACAGGAUAUCAGCGCCAUCCCCCACCACCCGUGAGCAAGUCACAGUCCGAGGACGAAGAGACAUCAUCAGACGACAGCCAUUUGUAUGCCCCUCCCCCUCGAAUGACAGCGAGCCCUAUGAACGUGCGCCACACCAGCCCUCCACGACCCCCCGCUUCUGACCGACCUCUCACAUCGCGUCGCGACACGAACAGGUCUGUCGCGUCGUCACGGUCAAAUCUGACCGCGUCCGAAUCGGCAACCUCCGCGACCACGUCUAGAUCGGCAAUGGGUCGGAAGCCGUCUGGGGCACGUGCCGCGCCCGCGAGUAAAAUGCCAACCCGCGCACGGCAGUCCUUCACACCAGACCGUAGCCCGCAAGACCUCGACGAGGUCGACGGCGAAGACGACAUGGUAGACCUCCGCGAUGAUCCCCCUGCAGUCGCUCGGGCACGUGAAGCUCUCGAAGACCCCAAUGCGGAUGCGCUGGCUGCACUGACAUUCCUUGAACAAGGCGAAGAGACGGACGUAGCAUCGCAACCGAACCCAUCGUCACCGCCCGCUGGCUCGUCAUCGCCUCCCAUUCCUCAGGUUGUCGAGCCACCGUCGAGCUCCUCCAAGUCACGAGAGUACCGAUCUUCAUUUGCCCCAUCUAGACAAGCGGCCGAGCGAAAAGCAAAGGCGCAAGCGCAACAGGCCGCUCAGCAGGCCGCUGCCACGAACAGCCAGCCACGGCGCGUGGGCAGAGAGCAGUGA